AUUUGUACCGCCAAUUUUAAAGCCUUGACCCACAAGAAUGCGGCUGCAAUGUUUCCCGCCGCCCAAAAUCGAUCGCUCUCCAUCAAAAACUCUCUCAAAAUCAUCGCCAUAUCGCCGCCUCUCUCGCUCCUCUUCACCGCCACCGCCACCGCCGCCUUCCAACGGCAGCUCCACCAACUACCGGAAAAUGGAACGGAUGGCCGGGAAUGGGCACCGGAGGAGAGCAUCGCCGACGUCUCCUACUGGACGAAGAAGAUUCACGGCCUCUGCACCAAGGACCGAAACGUCGAUGAAGCGAUCCGGCUACUCGACGAUCUCCGCCUCCACGGCUACCAAUUGCACCCUCUCAAUCUCGGUAGCAUAAUCCACGGUCUCUGUGAUGCUCGCCGCUUCCAUGAAGCCCACUGCCGUUUUAUGCUCUCUGUUGCUUCUCGGUGCGUCCCCGAUGAACGGACGUGUAAUGUUCUUAUUGCUCGUUUGCUUGAUUUUCGAUCUCCGUUUAACACUCUGCGCUUGCUUAUUUGCUUGUUUGAUGCUAAGCCUGAGUUUGUUCCUUCUAUAGUGAAUUAUAAUCGAUUGAUUUAUCAGUUUUGUUCGUUUUCGCUACCAAAUGUAGCCCAUAGGGUUUUAUUUGAUAUGGUGGGUAGAGGGCAUUGCCCAAAUGCUGUUUCAUAUACUACCUUGAUUGAUGGAUACUGCCGUGUUGGUAAUGUCUCUGCUGCAAAGAAACUGUUUGAUGAAAUGCCUGAGAAUGGUGUGGAGCCUAAUUCUCUUACUUAUAGUGUUUUAAUUAAUGGUUUUCUUUGCAAGCGGGAUUUUGGAACCGGGAGGGUGUUGAUGUGCAAGCUUUGGGAAAAGAUGAAGCGGGCAAGGGAUCCCUUUGCCAACAGUGCCGCCCUUGCGCAUCUUAUUGAUUCUUUGUGCCAAUCAAAUUCUUUCCACGAGGUGUUUUUAAUCGCAGAAGAUAUGCCUCAAGGGCAGAGUGUGCCUGAGGAAUUUGCUUAUGGGCAGAUGAUAGAUUCACUUUGUAAAGCUAAAAGACAUCAUGGGGCCUCAAGAAUUGUGUAUAUAAUGAGGAAGAGAGGGUUUAAUCCUGGUUUACUCUCAUAUAAUUCUAUUAUCCACGGCCUCAGCAAGGAGGGAAGCUGUAUGCGGGCUUAUCAGUUGUUAGUAGAAGGAACUGAAUUUGGGUACUCACCAUCUGAACAUACAUAUAAGGUUCUUGUAGAAGGUCUUUGCCUAGAGCAAGACUUCAAAAAGGCAAAGGUAGUUCUUCAAAUUAUGAUAGACAAGGAAGGUGUCAACAGAACUAGAAUUUACAACAUAUACUUGAGGGCUGUCUGCCUUACAAAUAACUCAACCGAGCUCUUAAACACGCUUGUUGUAAUGCUUCAAACCAAUUGUCAACCCGAUGUUAUUACCUUGAAUAUAGUUAUCAAGGGAUUUUGCCAGACUGGAAGCAUUGAAGAAGCUCUAAAGGUAUUAAACGAUAUGAUGAUUGGUAAAUUUUGUGUUCCUGAUUAUGUGACCUUCACGACUAUUAUAUGUGGCUUACUGAAUGUUGGGAGGAUUCGAGAAUCUCUUGAUAUAUUAUAUAAAGUAAUGCCAGAAAAGGGCAUUAUGCCGGGUGUUGUUACAUAUAAUGCCACUAUUCGAGGCUUGUUUAAACUGCAACAAGAAAAUCAAGCAAUGCAUACCUUUGAUAGAAUGGUUAAUAAUGGUGUCCUGGCUGACAGCACAACUUAUGCUGUGGUAAUUGAUGGGUUAUGUGAUUCUAAUAAAAUCGAAGAAGCUAAGAGAUUUUGGAAAGAUAUAGUCUGGCCGUCAAAGAUUCAUGAUAGUUUUGUUUAUUCUGCUAUUCUAAAAGGGCUUUGCAACUCUGGAAAAUUUAAUGAAGCGUGCCAUUUCCUAUAUGAACUAGCAGAUUCUGGGGUUUCACCAAAUAUCUUCUGCUACAAUAUUGUGAUCAAUACUGCGUGUAAGUUUGGAUUUAAAGGAGAAGCAUAUCAACUGGUUACAGAGAUGAGAAAGAAUGGGCUAGCCCCUGAUGCUGUAACUUGGAGGAUUCUUCACAAAUUACAUCAAAGUGAGGCGGUGCAAUCACAUCCCAAAGAUUUAUCUAGUCAACCUAGUCAUGGCUUGGACCUAAUUGAUUUGGAGAAAGAUUGCUAAUGUAAAUUGAUGUUUAGAUAGCGGUAAAAGCUUGGUUGUUCUGCACAGAGAACACACGCCUGAAACAUUCAAUCUUGUGAUUCUAUCAGGAACAACCCUGCUCGCUUAGGAAAAGACUAUGUUCUAAACAUGGAACCAUUAAAGAGGACUGGAAUAGACCUUCCAACAUUGCUGAAUGCAUUUGCAGCUCUUCUGUUGAAGGUUUGUUGAAGUAUACAUAAACUUAUCUGUUUCCUGCCGAAUAUUCACAUUUCAGUUGUAAGCCUCCGUUAAUUGCCAGGGUAAACUUGAAAGAAAUCUGAAGACAAUUCUGAGGUAUUAUUUUAUGGAUCAAUGCUAAGGUUAUCAAAGAGCUUUGGUGACAACUGGUCCGUAGAAUUGAUAUGGGGAAAGCAACUAUUGGGAGGAUGUGUAAUUUUAUGGAUCAAGUUGUGCUAUGAAUUGAGAAGUUCCAUGCUUAAUGCUAUGUUACAUAGACUUGUCAUUGUUUACUAUCAUGGAAGCAUGACGCUAUUUACUUAUGAACAUUUUAGGAAAAUCUUCUACAGUGGCUUACUGAUGAUAAAGCACAUGAUCAGUUUGUUAUUUGUUCUGGUUCUGAUACCGCGGUCUUAUGGAAUGAUGAUUUGAAGCCCGAGCCUGUUUACAAGCGUCCAGUGGGGUGGUGGGAAAGAUGAUAAGUACUUAGCCAGGAUGGGGAAAAAUGAUCUCUGUCUACGAAACAGAUACUUUCUCACUUCUUGACAAUAAAGUCUUUGAAGGUUGAAAAUGUAAAGGAUGCCUGCGGGUCCCCCAUAGAUUCCACUUCUUGCACUCCUUUUUCUUGAAGUAGGUGGUGGGAACCAACCAGCUAGGGAAAAGAUUCAUGUGCUAAACGGGGUUUCAAAACCAUGAAAGCUGACAGGGAUAGACCUUCCAAAACAUUGCUGAAUGCAUUUACACCUCAGUUGAAGGUUGGAGGGUCACAGUUGAGGAAGAAGAGGAGGUUGCCAAAGAUGAUAGGAAGAGGAGAGCUAUCGAUCUGGUGGAGCAUGAAGGUCGUUAAUGGUGUGCGUUGCCAAGUUGAUGGUUGCAAUUCAAUCUGAGCGAUGCCAGGUCGUACUACCACUGACACAAGGUCUAUGAGUUUCAUGCCAAGGCUGCAGUGGUGCUUUUGGGCAGAUUCAAACUUGUUUUUAAUACUAGAGGUUUUUCCUAGCAUCUGAUUGAGUAUUAAGUCCUUAUCAGAUGUACAAUUUGCACCUUUCUUAUGUACAAUUUACACCUUUCUUUUCGUCAUUUUUAAUGCUCAUAAGAAGUUUAUUUAGCAAUAUAAAGCUACAAUUGUUGUUUUUUGUUGCCACUGAACCUCAAAUUAAUGACAGGCUUGUCACACUUAAAUGCAUUAUAUUUUAUAGAAUCAUUGGCAUUUUGAUGUUGUGUAGAAUGUAGAAUUGAAUUUGGAACUAUUUUAUU